AUGGGUGCUGUCAUCAGUUAUUGUUGUUCUUGUUGUGAUAAAACAGCAACGAAAUACAACGAAAAUCUUGUAACGUCACAACUUACUGAUAAAUCUCCAUCAGCAUACGAAAAUAAAUACCAUGUUUCGGAUAUAUAUCCAAUUAGUGCUGAUGAUGAAACUGCUCCAUCAGAUAAUCCAAACAUAUCGACUUUUUUUCAAUCUAUGUUACAUCCACCAGAAGAAACAAAUCAAUCAGAAAUACCAUCUCAAACAAAAACAAACUCUGACAACUUGGUAUCAACUUUAUCCGACACAUCAAAUAAUCAAAAACUUAAUCCAAAUGUACCAAUAAAUUCAAAACAAAAUCGACCACCAUUGCUUCCUUCGUCAUCACUUUCAUCUGCUCGAUUAGCAAACCAAAAUGGUACAUUACGACCAUCGACAGCAAAUAAUCUAUUAAAACAUUCAAAUUCUUGUUCGACAAUAUAUGUUGAUGAUUCAACUGUUUCACAACCAAAUUGGAAAGCUAUGAUCAAAUGUGUUAGUAUUGCUAUACAUUCACAUAUGCUUCAUAGAAAAUCAAAUAAAUCUAUGGAUAUAUUUGAUGAAAAACUUCAUCCAUUAAGUAAAGAUCUUGUGCUCGAUAAUUACGAUACACAAGUACCGGAUCAAAAAUUAAUUUAUCGUUUUAUGCGAAAUCUUUUUACAGCUGCACAAUUAACAGCUGAAUGUGCAAUUGUUACAUUGGUCUAUCUUGAACGUGUUCUCAGUUAUGGUGAACUUGAUUUAUGUCCAUCGAAUUGGAAACGUCUUGUUCUUGGCGCAAUUAUGUUAGCAUCAAAAGUAUGGGAUGAUCAAGCAGUAUGGAAUGUUGAUUUUUGUUCUAUUCUUAAAGAUAUAACAGUUAGUGAUAUGAACGCAUUAGAACGUGAAUAUGUUCAAGUUCUUCAAUUUAAUGUUAAUGUUGCAUCAUCAAUUUAUGCCAAAUAUUAUUUUGAUUUACGACAAAUAGCAAAAGAACAUCAAAUCUCAUUUCCUAAUGAAUUACUUACAAAAGAGAAAGCAUAUAAACUCGAAGCUUUAUCAUUUAUUAAUCAUAAUAUUGAACAAACAAUAUCCGAUGGAAUUAGAACUCCAAAUUCAUCACAACUUUCAACAUAUCCUCAUUUAUCGACAUCCCAACAUCGUUCAUUAGCACCACUUCUCUCAUUACGACGCUCAGCAAGUGUCGAAUUUGCCCAAUCACCGCGUAAAUCUCUUCUAAUUAUAUCAUAA